GGCCAUAUUAUAUGUGUACGGGCUAAGAAGCUUAUAACUUCAUUGGACCGUCUCUAAUUCAUCCCUGUCCUCAUGACGCCGUUAACGAUGCUCGGAGCAACCGCCAUUCUCCGCCAAGGAAGCGCGUACCGAUAUUGAGAGCGAUCCUCUCACGCGCCACCGCUAAUGAAACAGUUGGGCAGAAUGGAGGGAAAUGGCGAUGUGCGGCCUCCGAAACGUAAACGAUAUUCACUAAACACAGAAGUAGAACAGCAGCCUCACAAAAUUAGGCGCGGAAGAGUUGAGUUCGAAACAGAAACCCUAACCCGAGAACCCGGCCCGUCGUUGUCAACUAGGUUCCAAGCCCUUUCUCCCUUAUCUCGGAGGCAUAGGAAGCCGCAACAGAGUCUAGAUGAGAGAGAGAGCUCCCGGCAUUGGGCUUUCUCUCCCUGCAACUCUUCUACUUCUACCUAUAAAGAUAAAUUUGUGGUUGUUUCUUAUAACAUUCUGGGUGUUGAAAAUGCAUCCAAGCACCCAGAUUUGUACUAUAAAGUCCCACCCAGAUUCUUGGAGUGGAGCCGCCGCAAGAAGCUUAUACGGAAGGAGAUCAAUCGUUAUAAUGCUAGCAUCAUGUGUUUACAGGAGGUUGAUCGUUUUGAUGAUUUAGCUCAUCUUUUCCAGAAAGACGGGUUCGAAGGUGUUUACAAGGCACGCACAGGUGAAGCAAGUGAUGGAUGCGCUAUAUUUUGGAAAAAAGAAAUGUUUAGCCUUUUGCAUCAAGAAAAUAUAGAGUUCCAAAGUUUUGGCCUUCGAAACAAUGUUGCCCAACUUUGUGUUUUAAAGAGUAAACAAAAUCAAUUAGAGUCAGAGAUAACUCCCCAAACGUCGGUGAGUCCAUGCACCCAAAACAGAAGCGUAGUGAUUGGCAAUACGCAUGUACUAUUCAAUCCAAACCGUGGAGACAUCAAGCUAGGGCAGGUCCGUCUGUUUCUUGAAAAAGCUCAUGAGCUAUCACAAGAAUGGGGCAGUAUCCCUGUUAUAAUUUCCGGAGAUCUAAAUAGUAUCCCACAGAGUCCUAUGUACCAGUUCCUGGCUUCAUCUGAGUUGGACAUCCGACUACAUAACCGCAGACAUAUUUCCGGACAGGUUGACUCUGGAUCAGAGAACAGAUCCUUCAGAUCUCAGAAUGGGAAAGCAAGCAGUAUUAGGAAAUAUAUUUCAAGGCCAUUGCAAUAUAUAUGGAAUGAGGAAGAAGUAAGGCUUGCAACAGGCAUUGAAGGAGCCAAUCGUCUUCAGCACCAUUUAAAGCUUUGCAGUGCAUAUCUUGGAGUACCUGGUAGUUGUAGAACCAGAGAUAGGUGUGGAGAACCCUUGGCAACAUCGUACCACUCCAAGUUCAUGGGAACUGUUGAUUAUAUUUGGCAUACAGAGGAACUUGUUCCUGUCAGAGUCCUUGAAACUUUACCAGUAAACAUUUUAAGAAGAAAUGGAGGACUCCCUAGCAAAAAAUGGGGUAGCGAUCAUCUUGCUCUUGUAUGUGAACUGGCUUUUCGUAAAUGAUAUUAGUAGGUCCUGACUACUACCAUUUCUAAAUUCAAGCCAUGGAUGGACCAGACCAGACCAGACCAGACCAGAGGAGAGGAGGUGGCCUUAAGCUCCCUCCUACCAUUAUUAAUUCUAAUCCGGCUAUCUUGGGAUUUUCAUGGAUGGCUGUAUUUGUUGAGGAAUUGAAUAUGUAUGGGGCCUUUUGGCCAUUUAGGGUGCUCCAAGUUUUAUUGGGGACCCAAAUACUAAUGUGAUGAUCGCGCAAAGUCUAAAUUAUGGGCAUUUCCGUCGUGUGCUGACUUGUAAUAA